GCCAAAGGUUAUUUAUGUUCAGAUGCCCACCUUUUUGUUUCGCUACAGGAAAUGAUAAUUUUUAUUGUCCUAUUUUGCAUGAUUGAAGUUUUCAGGGAAUGUAUGUUGCAUUUAUUCUUUAUUUCAAGAAGCAUCUUCUAUGGAGUGCUAUGUGUGCAGAAACCAGGAGGGGAACAAAGAUAAGUGCAUCAAAACUACAAUGCAAUGUUUAGAAAACGAACACUCCUGUAUUACUAAUAUUUCAUAUACGAUUCCUCCCUAUUGGUCACCUAUGGGAGAAAGAACUCAUUUCUUAUGGAAAGCUUGCAUUUCUACAGAGGAAUGUGAGCUCCAAAAAGAAAUUGCUGGUAAAACUUGUCAACGUGAAUGGUAUAUGGAUUGGAGAUGUGUGGAAUGCUGUCAAGGUGAAUUAUGCAAUUAUUACGCAACAUUAUCAGGAUAUCGAGUUUAUCUGGAUAAACAUUUAAUUAUUUCAAUUAUGAUGCCUUUUUUGAUGUAUCGAAUGUUUUAAUUAUUUUAAUGAAUAUUGAAAGAAAUACUUUGUAUAUUUACUUUAAAGAGAAUUUUUUUGUAUCUUCCUUUUCAUAAUAAAUUUGAGUUGUAU